AUGGCUGCCGGCGCUGUCACUUCUUUCACUUUCUCCAUAUGCUUUGAAAUCUUGUUGAUUACAUCUGUGAAAUCAUCGUACCCUCCAAUAAAAAAUGAAACUUGGGGAUACGUGGAAGUCAGGAAUGGUGCAUUUAUAUUUUGGUGGCUUUAUGGUGCGGAAGUAGAGAAUCCAAUGGCGCGUCAAGACAAGCCUUUGGUCAUGUGGUUGCAGGGUGGUCCAGGAUCUUCCUCCACGGGGUUUGGAAAUUUUGAAGAGAUAGGCCCGCUAGACGUGAAUCUAAAACCGCGAAAUACGACGUGGGUCAAAGAAGCAAACGUACUGUUCGUGGAUAAUCCAGUUGGAUGUGGUUAUAGCUAUGUUUUGGAUCAAAAGGCUCUCACCACAAAUAUCUCAGGUAAGGUACUGUAGCUAUGACAUGACCCGCCAAUUUUUAUUCUUUUAUAUUUAUAUUGUUGACAUUGUUGACCUCAAACCCACACUUUGGAGUAACAAAUUCGAUUUAAUUCAUUCCAUUCAUAACUUUAUUUUAUUUCGGAUUGUAGAGUGUAGUAUAAUCAGUGAAAGGUUCCGGCAAUUCUACUUUUUUACAAAAAGAUCAACUCUACUACUUGAAAAGAGCAGAAAAGUUAACUUUCUGCAUUUAUUUUUCAGAGAACAACAUGCGAAAUUGUUACCUUUUUUGUUAAUGCUAGUCGAUUAGGUGAAAAGUUAAAAAAAGGUACCUUUUUAGAAAAAAAAGGCGGGUAUUUUAAGCUUUCGGGUGAAAAUAUUUUAACGUCAAUAUUGUCCACUUUUCAUCCAUUUCUCACUUUACCAAACAAAACUUUAAAGCGCGAAAAAGGUACCUUUUUUCGGUUUCAAGCGAUUUCAUGAAAGGCACAAAAAGGUACCUUUUUUGUAGUUGGAAGUGAUGUUCUCAAAAGGGAGAAAAAGGUACCUUUAAUAGUGUUUUCAAGCUAUGGGAAGCCAUUUAGAAUCCUACUGAUUGACAGAUGUCAUAUCGACCGUUUGGUGUCAUUUUUAUGAAUCUUUUGUCUGAAUUUACUAAUCCACUAGUCAAGAGAUAAAUAUUCCCAGUUUAUUCGCCAAAUUUGAAACCAAUUGCUGAGCUUGACACUGUAACAUGUACAGUGUCAGGUCGCAGUUCUAAAAUCUAUCCCCCUUGCUUGAUUUUGGCAUAGGUGUGAGCCAUCUUGAUCAUUGUCAGAGUGAAGCUGGAAGCAUUGUGGCUGGUUCAGUGGUUAUCAAUGAAUGACAGGUGUUAGUUAUAUUAGUAACCUGAGGAGAGCCGAGCCAGACUUUUGUGCAUUUAAAAUGCUUUUUUGUUUCCUCGCUAAAAUGCUUUACCUUAAUGCUCCAUUUUUUCGAAUAGCAUGCUCACCCUUAAAAAAAUUUACUAAAAUGCGUGAUGAUGCGAUGAUGAUAUGUAUAAGUGUUAAAAUAACAAGAAUAUAUGUUAAUGGUUUAAUACACCAAAAGACGAUUGUGGCAUUUUAAUUUUUUUUAUUUUGACUUUUGAUAGAUUAUUUUCUAUUUGAAAAUUUCUAAUUCUCAUUUCCAUGAAAAAAAAUUCCAGGAAAUUCCACCAAAGUUCUCGAAAAAAAUGCUGGCUUACUGUACAAAAGUCUAAGAAGAGGAAAGUUGUUCAGGCGUACUCUUAGUAUUUAGUUAGGGGUUGUCAGAGGUACAUGUAUGGUGGCAUUUUUACUGUUAAUGGCUUUACUUCGGCCUGUAGCUCAAAAAGCACCUGAAGUUAAAUUAUUUUUAUAAUUUAUAUCAUAGCAAACAAAAAUAACCCCAAGACUGAAGUCUCUAAUAAUUUAAUAACCUUUCUGGAGUGAAAAACAUCACCCAGGAAACAAGACAAUUAUAUUAAAAUGACCUGCUCGGAACCUGCUUAGUUUAGACUUAAAGGAAAAUGAACACCUUUGCUUUACAUGAAGGUCAUUUUUCAGGUUAAAGUAUUUGCUCCACGCUUAAAAUUGCACUUGCUGAGCUUCUCUUCUUGCGUCUAGUUUUAAAGUACCAGAAGUUGUUACUAACAUUUUCGGGAGCCAUUUUAUCCAUUUGGCUGGUGGCUAGUAUUUUCGGAUUUCUUCUAAAUUCUUGCUUUUGAUCUUGGCAUAAAGAAGCGAGCUAAAAUUUCUUGCUCCGCUGAUUUCCCUUGUAGAUCCUUUCAAUUUUAACAGGAUCACCUAGAAUCCCCUAAAAAAAAGUCUGUGCAUUGUUCAUUGAAGCUUAAGAGGUGCCAAGGGAUGACAUAUGUCAAUCAGUAGGAUUUUGAAUGGCUUCCCAAAAGCUUGAAAACGCUAUUUUACAUUUUUAAAAAGGUACCUUUUUCGCACUUUUAACAACAUCACUUCCAACUGCAAAAAAGGUACCUUUUUCGCACUUUUGAGAGCAUCGCUUCCAACUGUAAAAAAGGUACCUUUUUGUGCCUUUGAUGAGAAGGCGACAAAAAGGUACCUUUUUCGCGCUUUCAAUCAGCAUUUGGUAAAGUGAGAAAUGGAUGAAAAGUGGACAAUAUUGACGUCAAAAUAUCAUUCACUCGAAAGCUGAAAAUACCUGACUUCUUUUUCAAAAAAAGGUACCUUUUCUUAACUUUUAGCCUAAAUGACAAGUAUAGACAAAAAAGUUAACAAUCUUGCAUUUUGUUCUACCAAAAAUGAAAGCAGAAACUUAGUUUUUCUGCUGUUUUUGACUAGCAGAGUUGACCUUUUUGUAAAAAAGUAGAAUUGCCGGAAUCUUUCACUGAAGUAUCUUUGAACGAUUGAAGCUUGUGCAGUCAGUGGACCCCCCCGGGGGGAGGUACUGCCAUAUAUGGCUUAUAUAAGUAUGUGCCGCUGUGAAGGGUAUGGUUUUCAAUCAGUUUACUCUGGGAUAGGGUACAUAAAUCAGAGAGUUUGGGUCUAGAAGAGGGUAUCAUUUUCCUUCUAAACUGAUCAAUUGGCUGAAGAUUUUAGUCCAGACUAGGGAAACAGGUAAUUACCACUCAAGAAUAUGAAAAAAUCAAAUCGGUUUUGUUUUGGUUGGACUGUGCUGUGACCUCAAUUGUUUCUGGAAAACAGCUACUCUAGGAUAUGGGGGGAUUUGGGGAGUUUAGUCUAGUAUAGGGUAGCAAAAUUCACUUGAACUAGCUCUGGUAUAGGCUAAGGGCUCCAGGGUCCCAGCGGCACAUCCCCACCCAAAAAUACGGUCACCAAUGGGUCAAAAAAAAUUGGACUUAUUAACAGGGGCCGUAUUAGCGGGGCAGGCUCAAAUUUCAUCACUUGAGGCCUGUAAUGACAAAUACACCGUACAUCACCGUACAUCACAUUCGCAUUUCUUGAACAACUGUUCCCAUUUACUGUACCAGAAUGUAUGUAGAUGUCGCAUACAGUAAUUGAAAAAAAAAACUACUUAAAAUUUUCCCUUAGUACAUAAAACACUUUUAAAAUUCGGCUAUAAAGUUGCAACAAGUGCACUUUAUGUGUACUGUAGUCUAAAAAUAGUACAAGAACAGGCUCAGAUCGGUACCAGCAGGUCAAUAAAAUUGUCACAGGUAUUUUCAUUUUCUAAAUUUCAAACAAGUGGCCGUAUUUAACGGGGUGAAAUUAUAAGAGAUUCUACUGUUUGGGAUUUUAAAAUGUGGCCGUUGGCAGUAUUGAUGGGUGACCAAAUUAAAGGGUUUUUUUAUAAGGAAAUGCAUGGCUGUUUAGGCAGGCCGAAAAAAAGUGGCCGUACUAACAAGAUGACUGUAUUACCGAGGUGGCCGUAAGGCGGGGUUCCACUGUACAAGCAAAUCUCAGAUUACAAAGUCUCUACUACACUUGUAAUGAGAUACCAACUCGCUUGCGUCACUGAAUGUAAAUUACCCUGUACCCUCGUAACGUGCUAACGUGAGCUCGAGACGCAUAUGUUUGCCCUGGUUAUUUAGCCCCCUAUUUCAGAAUGAGAAGUAUUAUAUUUGAAGCACGCUUGUUUUGGUUUAUGACUUAUAGAAAGAAGAAUAUUACUUCAGUAACAAUAUUCCUUGUUCUGAAUAACCCUAUUUGGUUGUUUUUUGUGUUAUGGCUACUCAACAAGUAGUCUGGAUUGUCCUGUAUGCAUGUGAUCAAAGUUGUCAAUCUGCAGGCAUAUGACAGUGAUGCCUAAUGUUUGUGAGUUGGCAGGCAGAUUUAAGGUGGAGCAGGAUUAACACAACACAUUAUUAAUUUUGAGGAAACAACUGGCCAAAAAGGCACUCACCUUAUAGAAUUGCUGUAGAAACUGAGAGAACAGACCACUAGUAUUGCAGAGAACAUUGAUCUACAGUGUUCAGUGAGCUGAAAAAUGAAACGUUCAAUCAUUGCCAAGCAUGCCAAUUCCUUUCAUAAAAGUCCUUUGUCUGAUGUAAUAUGAUGGUGUGGGACGAAAGACUGCAUCGAUCGCUUGGCCACUUUGCAGCCUAGAAAACUCGCUCCACUCGCUUAGAACCUUGUAAGGUCAACUUGUGGCAAGUCUAGGGUCCAAAGGCCAACUUUUUUUAAAGGGAAACUGUAGGACCUGUACUGGAAUUUCCAAAGGGGUCGGGGAGGAGAUAGGAGGUUGAAACCAAAUAACCCUCCAAAAAGGAGUAUGGAUACAAAACUUUCUUGUGAGAGAACUGAUGGUUUUGUACAAAUCAGAGACAGUUAUAUCUACGUUUGUGAAGAGAAAUUUUUUAGAAUAACAUUAUGCUAUCUAUACGGGGUAUGUCCAUGAACAAGGUAUCUUUACGCUAUAAUUUCAGUGUUAUUACUCUGAUUAACUAGUCUUAUUUUCCCUUCUAGAAAUAACCAGUGACUUGAUGACGUUCUUCAAGUCCUUUCUCAGAAAACUGCCAGUGUUUGGAAGUAUGCCACUCUAUGUAGCUGGUGAGUCUUAUGGUGGUAAAAUGGCAAGUGCAUUUGCUGCUGCUUUACAUGAAGCAAUUGUAAAGGAGGAAAUCCAAUGUCAGUUAGCUGGAGUAGCACUUGGUGACUCCUUGAUAUCGUUUCCUGAUACGGUACUGUCUUAUGGACCAUAUCUCUUCUCCCUUUCUCUCUUGGACAACAAAGAUUUCCAUCAAGUCCAGCAGAUAGCUGCAGAAACAGCCAUGGCUGUGUAUGAAGGUGAAUAUGACAAAGCCAUGCAUCUUAGUGGCCUACAAAACUACCUUAUUACCAAAUUCACUGACAAUGUUGAUGUUUAUAAUGUCCUUCAUCAUAAUGUACCUGAUGAUGCCGCAAUGUUGACAAGUAAGUACAAGAAAUCUUCAAGGUUGUUGUCUUAUAAAGUGUUAGCAGAGUACGUAGCAAAGACCAAAAGUGAUACUCUUUAUCAGCUCAUGAAUGGACCAAUCAGAAAAAAGCUUGGGAUAAUACCAGAUGAUGUCACAUGGAGUGGGCAGUCAGAUAUGGUUUUUAGCAGUCAAGAAGAUGAUAUCCCAUCAUCUGUUUUAAAAGAUGUGAGCAAGCUCAUUCAAGUGGGUGCAAAAGUGGUUGUUUAUCAGGGUCAGCUUGACAUGAUCUGCGGUACACUCGGUGCAGAGUCUUGGAUUAAGAAACUCAAAUGGGAUGGCCUAUCUGAGUUUUUAAACUCCUCCAGAAUACCUUUGUAUGCACCAUCAAAACUGGCCAAGAAACAAACUGGUGCAUUUUUAAAGGCUCAUGAGAACUUUUACUUGUAUUACAUUCUUGACGCUGGCCACAUGGUCCCUAUUGAUGCCCCAGAAAUGGCAUUAGAAAUGCUAAAAAAGAUUCUUUAUCAGUAG